CUUCACCGAGGCAUGCGAUCUGAGCGUCGCAACAUCUGGUAAUCAUGUUCUCCACAUUACAACCAACAAGGCCACAGGUCAGCCAGCAGCGGCCACAGAACCCACUGUAUCAGCAACAGACACGAGUCAACCACACCGAGACAGCCAAGGUAGAGCUCACACGCUCUCCAAGAAAUCAAAUCGAAGCCAUGCCUCCAAAUCACACAAUUCCAAUGCCACUGGCACAACCGUUGCCGCUAUACAAUCCCGCCACGAUGCAUCCAGUCUUCUUCAUGAACAGUUGGAGAAAGACACCCUUUCCUCUGCCGGUCAACCCCGCUAUCUCCCCGGUCGCUGCCGGUUAUGUCUUUCCACAACCUCGAACGAAUGGUGGUACGAAGCUCUGAGACGUGAAAGAAUUGGUGAUCUGGAGAUCAGUCAGCUAUAGGUGCAGUGUGGGAGGAGUGGAGGCGUCUGACUCACAAAGAGAGUGGCGGACGGUGUCACCA